GAAGCAAGUGGAAACAAGUCCGCACAAAGGAAGCCCUUAGUUCCUGGUAACACAGAGACCAAACGACGCAUCACGGUUACACGCACAUUAGCUUUUGCACAAGAAUACAUUUUUAUUCUGAUGCAGCGUGAAAUCGGCCGAGGAGGGAGGGACAUCUCAGCUCUUUUUUUUUUUUUUGACCACACCCACAGACACAAUCCUCAAGCUCGUCCGCGUCGCCACUUUUUCAGUUUCACGGCAAAAUAAGGACAUCAAAAUAAGCCACAAAUGUGUUGGCACCGCCUUUGAUGGAUCGUCUUCUUCGCUUUACAAAUGGACUGAGGCAUCGUUUGCCAGGACCUUGUGAAGACUAACCCCUUCCAAAGACAAGAUAUCUGACCAACCGCCAUCGUCAUGGACUGGAAGACGUUCCAAGCCCUCCUGAGCGGGGUGAACAAAUAUUCCACAGCCUUUGGGCGGAUCUGGCUGUCUGUGGUGUUCGUGUUCAGAGUGAUGGUGUACGUGGUGGCGGCCGAGCGGGUUUGGAGCGAUGAGCAGAAGGACUUUGACUGCAACACCAAGCAGCCGGGAUGCUCCAACGUGUGCUACGACCACUACUUCCCCAUCUCCCACAUUCGCCUGUGGGCGCUGCAGCUGAUCUUCAUCACCUGCCCGUCCUUCAUGGUGGUCAUGCACGUGGCCUACCGGGAUGACCGCGAGCGCAAGCACAAAGCCAAGCACGGCGAGAGCACCAAGCUGUACCACAACACGGGCAAAAAGCACGGCGGCCUGUGGUGGACCUACCUGGUCAGCCUCUUUGUCAAGACCGGCAUCGAGGUGGCCUUCCUCUACAUCCUCCACCACGUCUAUGACAGCUUCUACCUCCCCAGGCUGGUCAAGUGCGAGGUGUCGCCUUGUCCCAACGUCGUGGACUGCUACAUCGGCCAUCCCACAGAGAAGAAAGUCUUCACCUACUUCAUGGUGGGCGCUUCUGCGCUCUGCAUCGUCCUCAACGUCUGCGAGAUUAUUUACCUCAUCUCCAAGCGAAUCGUGAGAAUUCUCAACAAGGCGAAGAGACGCAAACUGAACCUCCCCGUGGCCCAGGACGACUACAUGGACGACCUCUUUAACAACUGCGUCGUCCAGCCUCCGACCAAAGUGGACUUGAAGGAUAAGCCUCCGUCCUUCAAUUCUGCAAAUAAACCAGAGUACAAAUUUUCUGCACUGAAGCUUGAAGACAAGAUUCGGGCCUCUGCCCCAAAUCUGUCCACUCCUUGCUGAGAGUCAAAGCAAAGGAAACAGAGGAUCAAAACCAUCAGCUGACCUUGGUCCAUGAUUCAUUUGCAGUCAUUACAAAAGAGCUAAGAGCCAAACCAGCGUGUGUGACAGCUCCUGUAAAUUGAGUCCCUGAGCACUGAGCGAAGCUGUGGGCCCCUACGCCGACACUUUUAGACUCUUUCUGAGCAUCUCAACUUGCUAGAUGUCUCCAUCCACAAUAUGUACAUGUCAGAGCCAGCAUUAUUUUGAAUAUUAUUUUGGAAUACAAUAACGUUUGUAGGCAUUUCCCGUCACCCCGAUAGAGAUGAUUCCCUCUACUUAUUGUGAGCGGGCGGUAGGGAGAGACUUGAGGUUAGGCACGCCUUGCCGUUCGCCCUCUUAGGUUUCAUCCAGCUUUUCAAUAGAAUCGUGACGUAGUGGUGAAGCUUGCAAGUAUGGCCCAAGUCGCUAAAAAGUGGUCAUGAUUCUGGAAUGUGAGCACACGACGAUGGCUGAGAACUGCAUCUAGAACUAUGUUCACUGGCUCAAAACCCGUUUUUUUUCCCAGUUUUUAAUGGGGGCUAGGGGUCUGGAAUUAUGAGGUUGACAAAGUGCAUUGCGUGUACAGCAUUUCCUCAUGCAAACCUUCAGCAGGCACAUUCAUGACUUUGUAAAAAGCAACUUUCAUGGUUUUUUGUUUUGACCUUUUUUUUGUUACACCACCUCGCCUUCUCCGUGACCACUGUUGAUUUAAAUCAGCCGAGAGGAAUGCUGCUGAUAGUUCUGUGCUGGCUAAAGCUACAGUGCUCCUAGAAAUUGUAUUAUAUGUCAUUUUGGCAAUUUAUUUUUAUACAUAUUAAAUUUAUUGAACCUAC